GUGCUGUGUAAUAUUGAUGAGCUAUUUGACCGUGAAGAGCUCUCUGCAGCCCCAGACUCUGGAUGGCCAGAUUGUUUCAACAGUGGAGUAUUUGUUUUCCGACCUUCUCUUGAAACUCAUAGCCUCCUGAUGCAGCAUGCAGUGAAACAUGGCAGUUUUGAUGGAGCUGACCAAGGAUUACUGAAUAGUUUUUUCAGUAACUGGGCAACUUCAGAUAUUCACAAACAUUUACCAUUUCUCUAUAACUUGAGCAGUAACUCGAUGUAUACAUAUAGACCUGCUUUCAAUAGAUUUGGCUGGGAUGCAAAAGUGGUCCAUUUUCUGGGACCAUCAAAGCCGUGGCAUUACAAAUAUAACCGUGAAACUGGAUCAGUGAUUUCAGAGAGCUUACUUUCAGAAUCUCAGCAUCAUGCCUCAUUUCUUGAUCUCUGGUGGAAAAUAUAUGAUGAGAACAUUGUGCCUUUUUUCGAUAAACUUCAGCAUGUAGCAGAGCAUGAAUCUCAAGAACAAACA